AGGUGGCCUGGCCGACAAUUUUCUCUUUUUGGAGAGAAACUUAUGGGAGUUAAAAAGGAAACAGUGGAAAAUCGUUCGUGUGGUGUGUUGGAGAAUUGUUUGGAUUAUCAAAGGUUCGUGGUAAACUUUCACCAAGGUGAAAAAUUGCGGACUAGUUAAAACUUUGUGCCUCUGAUCUGAAGCCUGCCUGAUCUCUUCCUCCCCUUUCUCUUCUUCCUUCUCACAAGUCACAACACAGCGCCGACCUCUUCUUACCACACAAAUCCACACCAAUUCCCCAUCGAUCUCUAUCCAGCCCGCGCCCCCGAGGACCUCACCUCACCUGCCUUGUUCAGGAGAUGGAUGCGGAGAUUUAGCUUAUCCUAUCGCUGGUUGCCUGCGAUCUUGUUGUCGCUCGGCCAGAUGACCUGCGUGGUCGGAAUUGUGAUCUAGAAAUGGAGCCGUCGGAUCUGAACACCCACCUGCCGCCGCGGAAGCGGCUGCUCGCCGGGCUCAGGACGGCGGCCACCGCCUGCGAUGCUGAGGCCCUCCCUUCCCCGCUCGCCUCCGGCGAUCUCGCUGCCCGCCUCCGCGAGAUGGCGCGCGCGGCGAACGUGUCGUCCUCCUCGCCCGAGGAAAUGAUCGAGGCGGCCAGGGCGGCCGCCGCCGCCGCCGCCGAUGCUGCCGUGGCUGCCCGCGCCGCGGCGGCGGAGAAGGCGGCCGUGGCCGCCAAGGCUAGAGCCGCUGCUAGGGCUGCCAUGGAGUUCCUCGAUUCCUUUUCCAGGACAGGCGCGUCGAGGAAUAGGAAUGGCCUCCAGCUCAAGGUGAAGUCUAGGAAGAAGCAUGUCCAGGUCAAGCUGUUGUACAAGCCCAAUGGGAGGGUGCAAGGCAGAGGAGCUAUGGGGGAUGCUCCCAAGCCUCGGAGGCGCAGGGAGUCCGAUGAAGAGAUCGCCCGCAAUUUGCACCGUGCAAUGAAUAGCUCACCGAGAAUCUCUCACACUGGACCGAAGAGGCCCCGCAACACCACCGGUGAUGGCAAAGAUGGAGUUGCCCCUGGUGAGGGUGACGGUGUGGGUGAUGCUUGCAAUGGUUCUUCAACUCAAGCGCCAGUUGAGGUUGGCGGAUUAGCUAAUGGAUGCUCUGAAGGGAAAUCUAGUGAGAGAACUGUUCCAUUGUUGAAGCAUGAGGAUCCUGAUGAUGGUGGUGAAGACUCAUCUAGGCACACUGCAAAGAUUACCGAUGUUGUUGAUAAUGGAGCUGGCAUUAGAAACUUAAGCGCUGGUCGGAAAGUGAAGAUCAAGAGAAAGGAACUGCUUCUGAACCAACAUAGUAGUAAAGAAAUAGAAGAGCCGAAAGAAUCAGAACCCCCUAUACAUUCUAUAGGACGUGAUGAAUCAAAGUCAAAUGGAAAUGGCGCAGAAAAGCGUGUGAGUCCUGCAGAUGCAAAGGCCUCAGUUGACCGUUUGGCGCCAAUGAAGAUUACAUCUGUCUGGAAGUUCAAGAAGUUGAAAACAUCUCACUGUUCUUCCGACAGCAAGGUGUUGCACAACGUGUGUUCCUCUCCUUCGGCAGCUGAAACCUCUGCUUCGGUGAAAGCUGAUUAGCGAGGUACCUUAGCGUGCAGUCAGCAGAUGCUUGACUUAGCUACGCUUGUUGUGAGAUUUUGUAUGUUGUAAUCUCUCUCGGUAGAUCCCACCUUUGCUUUGAUUUUUAUACAAAUGUGCGUGUUUUAUGGUAUAUAAGUUACUGGGUAUUCUACCGAAUUGUUUCUAUUCUGCUCUUCCCGUUUUACGUCACUAGUGAUAGGUACUGUGACAAACUCAUGUAGUUGUACUUGUCAUGCAUAUCGUUCUAAUAAGUGGCACAGUGAAACCAUGCUCUUCAGAUACUAAA